CUAUAAUUAUAAACCUACAAACUUCUUUGAACUUGGUCACCUUAAAACUAGGUUGUGUAGGUUUCAUUAUCCUAAAUAUUUGAGAAUAACAUUGCAUGUAGGAGGAGGUUUUACAUCACUGAGGUAAGCAAUAUAAACUCAGGUGACUUAUGUUUGACCAUUUACAUUCCAUCGAAUAGGAAAGAGUAUUCAUUUGAGAGAAUAGAAAGCCAUUUGUGAUAUAUCUUCUAGCUUUGGGCCUCAGGGGUACUAAAUAUGUUUCCUAAUGGUUCAUGUGCUUGCGGAGAAGCUUGUUCCUUUAACAGUGCACCAGAAAUAUUGAUGUGACCAUUGAUAGUGGAUCUCAAAUUGAGAUUCUGCAUUAAACAUUCAUCUUCGUUAAAGUCUCAUUUAAGGGAACUUGGUCAAUUUAUGUUUUGUUGUCGGUACUGCAUAUGACAUUAGACUUCUGCAUCAUUUUCAGGAUAAAAAUCUGUGGCUUAUCUAGUUGUGCAAUGCAAGUUAUUGGGUAAAAAUCUAAAUUUGCAGGACUUGACGUUUGAAAGCCGUGACCAUGUCCUCAUCAUAUCUCCCAGCAACUACUGACUCACUUGCUCAGGCUUUGGAAGCCAAAACCCCAUCUGAGGCGAUCUCUAUCCUUUAUCGGACACUUGAUGACCCUUCAUCUUUUUCUGAAGCUUUACGGAUAAAAGAACAAGCCAUCUCUAAUCUCUCAGACCUUCUUAGACAAGAGAACAGGGCAGCUGAUCUUCAAAAACUUCUGACUCAAUUGCGGCCCUUCUUUUCCUUGAUCCCAAAGGCAAAAACUGCUAAAAUUGUUCGUGGAAUUGUUGAUGCGGUAGUUAAAAUACCAGGCACAUCUGAUCUCCAGAUCUCCCUUUGCAAAGAAAUAGUGCAGUGGACCCGUGCUGAGAAGCGAACUUUCCUUCGACAACGAAUUGAGGCAAGGCUUGCAGCUCUUUUGAUGGAAAGCAAGGAGUAUUCUGAAGCAUUGACCCUACUUUCGGGCCUCAUCAAGGAGGUGAGAAGAUUAGAUGACAAGCUGCUUCUUGUGGAGAUAGUCUUGUUGGAGAGCAAGCUCCAUUUCUCUCUGAGAAAUCUUCCAAAAGCCAAGGCUGCCCUUACAGCGGCAAGAACAGCAGCCAACGCCAUUUAUGUGCCUCCAGCUCAGCAGGGCAGCAUAGACUUGCAAAGUGGGAUUCUCCAUGCGGAAGAGAAGGAUUAUAAAACUGCUUACAGCUAUUUCUUUGAAGCAUUCGAAGCUUUCAAUGCCCUUGAAGAUCCCCAAGCCAUAUAUAGCCUUAAGUACAUGUUGUUGUCCAAAAUCAUGGUAAGCCAGGCUGAUGAUGUAGCAGGAAUAAUAUCAUCAGCCAAGGUGGGAUUGCAAUAUCAGGGGCCAGAACUUGAUGCAAUGAAAGCUGUUGCUGAUGCUUAUUCAAAACGCUCUUUGAAGCUCUUUGAGAUUGCUCUUCGCAACUUUAAAGCCCAGCUAGAGGAAGACCCUAUUGUCCCCAGGCACCUCUCUUCCCUCUAUGACACGCUGCUGGAGCAGAAUCUUUGCAGGUUGAUCGAGCCUUUCUCAAGGGUUGAGAUUGCUCACAUUGCCGAGUUAAUUGAGUUGCCUGCUGACCACGUGGAGAAAAAAUCAUCUCAAAUGAUUUUGAAUAAGAAGUUUGCGGGAACUUUAGACCAAGGUGCUGGAUGCCUCAUCAUUUUUGAAGAUCCCAAGAUUGAUGCGAUCUACCCGACAACAUUGGAUACCGUUGCCAAUAUGGGCAAGGUUGUUGAUAGCAUCUAUGUGAGGUCUGCCAAAAUAAUGGUCUGAGGUUCUGAUUUAGGAGAUUGUUUUCUAGUUUCUGUUGCUUUUCAAUUUCUUCCCAGAGGCUAUUAUCUCUCCAUUGAUGUCGGGAUCGCGGCUUUAUUUUUCUAGGUUGAUAUGCUGCUAGUUACCCAACAUGAUGUGAAAUUGAUUUUUCUCGAAGUACUGAAAUUUUGUGGAAGAUUGGAUCAAAUUGAUGCACUCAGGCUGAACUUAAAUGAUCUCAAUAGGAGUAUAUUUGUAAUCCCCAUGGAUCCAUG